CAUCGCUCAGAACUCUCGUCACCGCACACAACAACACCGAAACAGGCGUUUUUAUCCAACAUGGUCGAGACCCGCGCCCAGGCCCAGGGCAAGCCGCUCAAGAAGCCCGGCGCCUACAACACAGACGCCUACUACCAGGAGAAGGAUGAGGGUUACGGCGAUGUGGGCGUGGACCAGGAGCCUGACGCCGGCGCCAUUGACAACCCCAGUGACCCCGACUUCAAGGUGUCGGCGGCGGAGGUGGCGGGUGCCACGGAGGAGGCCACACGCGACCCCGAGGGACUGGACAUGUCCCAACUGAAGGAGGAGGUGGCGGACCUGCAGCGCCCCGCAGACACCGGCGUGGAGGAGCUGGACGCACGCGGCGAGCCGGUGCCCAUUGUGGAGGCGGGCGCACCGGGCGGCGGGCCCAGCAUUGAGGAGCAGCGUGCGUCGAAAAGGGCCGCAGAGCUGUUGCUGCGGGAGGUCAAGGGGACGCAGGCCACGUACAAGAAGGCCAGCACGCGGCACAUGGAAUGGGCCGCGGAGAUUCUCGCAGGCCUUGAGGCACGCCGCGAUCAGCUGGGGGCGCAGGUGCAGCAACUGACGCAGGCGCAGCCGUUGACGCGAGAGGACACGCAGCGGCUUGCGUCCUUGCGCCGGGAACUGCAUCGCGCACGUCCGUUCACGCUGACCCCCAGCCCCUCCUUCGCGCCGAUCUAUGUGCCCCUUGACAACACGUCCAUGGCCCGCCUUCCUGGGCUGCUGCCCACCCUGGCAAGGCGCCAUGGCGAGGUCUUCGCCGGUGCAGGCGCGGGCGCCGUGGCACCCUCCUCGUUUGUCCAGGCCGCGUUUGGCGGCGGGGGCAUGCAGUCGUCUGCCACGCUGAACGCCGUCGGCUGGGGCCUGUUCCAGCUCGGGGGUGUGACCUCCCGCAACGCCCCCUUCGCCAAUUACAUCACCACGGACGGGGUGGCCUGCAGCGUGGCGCGAGAAGCACACAACAAGCCGCUGGCCAACUUGAAGCCGGCGACCGCGCCCGCCGAUGCGGGGGAGCUGUGCACCCUGGAGGAGAUGAAGGCCACGCAGAUCAUCGGUGUGGACCCGUGCGGGGGAGGGAAUUGGUUCAUGGCAGCACGGUCUCCGCUGUACCAGCCAGGGCCCUGGGCUUGGGAGGGUGUCGGGGAGGGUGUCGGCCCUGCCCAGCGCUACCUGCUCGAGCUGCACGACAAGCAGCUGGAUGAGGAGUUGUUCCCUGGGCAGCUGCCGCCGGAGCCGCGUCGCAGGCGCAAGGGUGGCGGGCGCAAGGGGGGCGGGCGUACGGGGGGCCACCGCCGGAAGCAAUCUAAGCACUGGCAGCCGCGAGCCAGGACAGCGCGGCGGCGGCGCCAGAAGCGGGGCCGAUUCCAUAUGAGCAUGGGCCACUGGCGGCACAUGUCAGGCCUGGAACGACUCCAGCCAAACCGCCCACAGCUUGCGCCAGCCCUGCAGGCGUACAUCGGCGGCAUCCCCACGGCGGCGACCGCGUCGGCGGCCCGGUUUGAAGAGCGCCUGCGCUACCUCUUCGCCAGUGGGGCGGCAGGGCAGGCGGCGGGGCAGGCGGCGGGGCAAGCGGCGGGGCAGGCGGCGGGGCAGGCGGCGGGGCAAGCGGCGGGGCAGGGAGGGAAGGGCGGCUCCCCCAUCUCCGUCAGGGGCGGGCGCGCGCCGACGGGGCGGCUCAUCAAGCUGCUCCGUGAGCGCUACGCCAAGCAUGUGUUCAUCAUCGAUGAAUACAAGACCUCCAAGACCUGCUACAACUGCGGGUGUCAGGAGAUGGCCAUCAAGCGGCUUGGGGGGCUGAAGGAGGGGCAGCGGCCCUGGUCGGUCAAAGUCUGCAACGACUGCUUGACGACCUGGAACCGCGACGUCUCCGCCGCCAACGUGAUCCGUGUGCUCCUCCUGCUGAAGCUGAUGGGCUUCGAGCGGCCGAUCAAGCUGCAGCGGCCGCCAUGGCCGCCGGCGGCGGCGGGGCCGGGCUGAGAGCCUGAACGGCGCUAGCAGGGCGUGGGGCUGAGGGUGCACGUGUCGAUUGGCGGCGAGUGACGUGACUAGUUUGUUAGCUGCGGGUUAGCACGGACUGUGCACCCCACCCAACCGGCCACGUCCGGAUUUGCGGGGAUGCCAAAGGCCCCCAACAUAGAGGCGUGUGCAAUUUGCGUGUGCUUAGUAGGCGCCCGCGUCA